AACCCCAAUCCGAAUGACCCAAUGUGUGUUUUAAUCGUAGUCGUCCGUAAUUUCUGAUCGAAAGGCCCCGAUCAUCUCUAGACUCCCAUUGUCUCAGGUGUCUCUCGUAGUAUCGCUAGUCGCUAGUGGCUGCAGCAGUACGACGAAGGCGACGCUCCACAACAGAAGGACGGGGCUUUAUCACUACAUCAGUAAUUAAUUAUAUUUUAAAUUUCAAGACUCAAGUGUGUGAAGCCAGCGUUGGAAACAACUUUAUUCAAAGGUGUUCUUAAGGCAGGAAAAGAACAAUGGGUGCUGUUAAACUGCAACUUCCGUUGCCUAAAAGUGUUGAUGGGGUCACCCUGGAUCCAAAUCCUGAUUGGACCUUCGAUACUUUAUUGGUUGAGCUCAAUUCGAUUGAGAAGAAGCUCAAUGCAUCAUCAAAAUUUCCAAUACCUUUUACAAAAACAGAAUCUCGACAACUCUCGGCUUCAAAGGAUAAUUCUCGGAGAGGCUUUGUUAUGCAAGUGUCUGAUGACGACGUGGAGGAUAUGGACAGAGAUACUAAGCAUGAAGUUGAUGAUCAUUUUCUUAUGGGAGGAAAACGUUUUGCCUGUGACGAAAUCUUUCUGAGUGAUAGCGACCAAUCUGAAGAAGGCCUAAACAUCGAACAUCAAUGUGAUCUAAUGGAUAAAGUGGGAUACGUGGAAAGUGCUUUAUCUGAGUUAGCUCAUGACCAUCAGCUUACUGUUGCGGAGGAAAUGAGAGAUCAACUAUCAGCACUUGAAGCUGAGUUGAUGGAUGAAAGUGAGAAGCUUGCCUCCACACUAGAAAGAGUUGAGAGAAACACUGAAGCUCAAAGGGAAAUGAACAGAAAAUUCGACAUGCAGUACCAACGUAAAAUUGCAGAAGCACUUGAUGAUCACCUAACUACCGUACAAAGGGAUCACGAACACAGAUCCCAAAUUGAAGAAAGGAGAAUAAGAGAUGAUGCAGCUCGUGAAGAGGCCAAGAGGAAAGACAAAGCUCUUCAAGAAGAAAAAGCCCGGCAAGAAAGGAUUAGAGCAGAAGCCAAGGUGCAGGCUAGGCUGGAAGCUGAAAGAGUUGAAAAGGAAAAAGCCGCAGCACUGGAAGCUGAGAGGAAAGCAGCAAAAGAAGCUGCAGCUGCGUCGGAGAAGGAGUCAUCUGAGUCAUUGACGACUGCUCCUUCGGAGGCUAGCAAGGUUUCAAGGGAUGUCACUAGUCAGCCUGUGAGACCCAUAUCUGAUGGGCAGAAACAUUCAGCAGGAAAUACAAUCAGGGUGACAGAAAAUGCUCAAAAACUGGAGGAGAAAAGAUUGGCCGUUUACAAUGAACUAGCUGCGCAGAAUGAAGCACUGGGAUUGGGUUCAAACAAGGCUUACCGAAAAUGUGAAAUGGAAAUAGCCAGACGAAUCAGAACUAUCACUGGUUCAAAAGAAAAUGUCAGAGUGAAAGCAGAUGAAUUAAUUAAGCUAAUUAGUGGUUCAACAUGUCCACAAUCCAUUAGCAUUGCAAUGUUCGCGCAGAAGGUGGUGUAUCUGUGUGUGAACCCUACAGGAAGCUUUAACAGUGCAGUCUAUGCUUAUGGUCGUGUAAUUGUCCAUGUUACAUCAAAGGUCCCUCUUGCCAUGGACAUUCUCAUAGCCGAGUUGAACAAAAUUUGCAUUUACACAGUUCCUAAGUACAUUAUUUACUCAGAGGCAGCCUUCCAGUCUAAAGAAGCUUAUUACAAAGCUAUUGGCUAUGCAGAGGAAGAUGGGAAGAUAGAAAGUACUGAUAGUUAUGUGGAUCGCUUAAGUGCAUACAUGAAAUUAUAUGGUGCUCUUGUUCAGACUGAAGUUGAUGGCUGCCAAAACUUGCAUGGCCUCAGAGAAGGUUGGGCAUGGAUAGCCAGAUUCUUAAAUGUUUUCCCUGCAAAUUUAUACACCGCAGCUGCAUUGCAGGCUUUUCUUGAAAUGGCAGGUUUUGCUCUACACAAAAGAUAUAAGACACAAUUCAGAAAGCUGAUGGAUAUCAUAGCUAGAGAUUUUCUAACUGCAUUGAAGGAUCGAGGCGAUGCAAAGUUGAUCAAAGUGAUUGUGAAUCUCCGGAGUUAUAUAGAGUCAAAUCAGUUCCUGAAUGAACCCGAGGGCUGGCGCCUCAGGAGUUCCUUGGAGUCACACAAUUUCACUCCAGAUUCAGAUCAUGAUCAACAGUAUCGUUACCAACAGAAUAGAUUCUAUUAGACUAUUACUAGUUUUACAGAGUAGGAAAUUUGGUCCAUUCUUUUUUCCUUCAGUUACUGAAAUUUUGUUCAAAUCAGCUGAUAUCAAUAAGAUGCUUUGUUCUCAGAGUUUGAAUAUGCGACUGCUCCUGUAUCAGUUGUAUAUUGUUGAUUAUGGUAAAAGAAAAUAUGUAAUUGCUCUUGUAUCAGUUUUGGUUGAUUCUGAACCAGAUUACAUAUGGAUUCUUAGUAAAUUGGAAAAAACCAGUGUUAUUCUCA